AUCACUGGGCCGCCAUUACAACAUUUCGUAGCGUUGAAGCGCGUUCUGCAUCCUAGCCGUUGCAGAGAACAGAAAAAUGUCGUCCGUAAGCGGUGACGAAAACGAAAUUCUUCAGAGCGAGCCAGUGCGACGCACAAGAUCCGGCCGCGCUCUUAAGACUACUGUCGUUGCCAAGAAAUCGCCCACUAAGAAGCUUUUAGCUAGGGCUACACGCUCUCAGAAGAAGAUUCAGGAAGUUGAGGAAAACGAGGGUGGUGAAGUAUCUUUGGGAGAAGAGGAGGCUGUAUCUGAGAUGGAAGAUACUCCAGAGAAUGGAAUUCAGCGUUACAGUGAUAUUAUUAUUGAACACCAUGAAGAGAACACACCUGGCUUACACCUUAUAGAUGAUUUUGGAGGAACGAUUGUCCACGAUAUUGAGAUCAGUCAGAAUAUUCAGAUCGAACAGGAACCACAAGAUGUACCUGAGCUGGAAGCCCCUCCUCCACCGGUAGUAAGCAGUAUAACGACGAGCGCUCCAAUUUUAUCUACACUUAAGGUGAAAGAACCAGCACAGCUUAUGGAAGGACUUGAUAGGACCGAAGCUGUCAUCACCCUAGAAGAAAAUAGCAUGGAGAAGCUGGAUAUGAUUCAACGUGGUAAGCACAUUGAGUACACAAUGGAAGUUUAUGCCGAUGAAGAGGAAAAUAUUGGACAUAUGACGGAAGUACUGGACACAGAGGAAGUGGAGUCUUCCAACACCAAUACAGACCUUGGUAUGGAACGGAUGCAAGUCGACGAGAUGGAACAAGAAAUUUCACACGUGGGACAAACAUCAAAUGUAGCAGAGGACGGUAAGCAGAAUGAGGAUGAUGAUGCCGCCGCUGGCGUUGAAAUCGUCGAGUUCGACGAUAGUGAAAAUUCCAAUGGCAAAAUAAUGAAAAAGACUGAACCCGAUACGGAAGCAGUUUCCGAGGAUGAAUUGCCGACCGAAGCAACAGCUAAGGAUCCGGAGACAGAAGCAGUUUCGGACGAGGAACUUCCAGCUGCCGCACCAGCAGACCUAGGAGAAACCGAGUCUGUAUCUGAAGAUGAAUUACCACCGGAUGGCGACAAGAAGAAAAAGGGAACAAAAUCAGCUAACAAAACGCUGGAGAAAAAAGUUAAAGGUGAUGACGGAAGUAAACGCAAGUUAAAUGCCGACGGGGAAUAUGAUCCCAGUUCCCCAACCUCGGAAAACAAUGACGAGACGCCAGCGAAGAAAGUGGCGCUCGCAACCGACUCUGACACAGCUGAUAGCAAAGUGGAUGCUAAGCCAGCAUCGCCUAAGAAGAAGACCCUUCCAGAACUGGAAAAGUAUUGGAAGGCAGUGAACGAGGAUCCGUCAGACUUCACAGGAUGGACUUACCUUCUGCAGUACGUGGACCAAGAGAACGACGCCGAAGCCGCGAGGGAGGCGUACACCAAGUUCUUGGAGCGUUAUCCUUACUGCUACGGCUACUGGAGGAAAUACGCCGAUUACGAAAAGAAGAAAGGCAAUCCCGAGAAUGUCCAAACGGUAUUCGAUCAAGGUUUGAAAGCUAUUUCGCUCAGUGUCGACUUGUGGCUUCAUUACAUCAACCACUGCAAAACCGUUUACGAAAAGGACGAGGAGAAAUUGCGCGAGCAGUAUGAAAGAGCCAUUGAAGCCUGCGGACUUGAGUUCAGGUCUGAUCGGCUCUGGGAAAGUUAUAUCAAGUGGGAAUUGGAGGGAAAACGUCUUAGCAGAGUAACUGCGCUCUAUGAUCGUCUCUUGUCUACGCCUACUCUCGGCUACAUAUCCCAUUUUGAAGCUUUCCAAGAGUUUGUCUCCUCAAAUCUCCCAAAUAGAAUCCUCAGUGUCGAUGACUUUCUGACUCUACGCGCUGAGGUUAAGGCUUUGCUUAAAUCUGAUGACGCCAUCGCGGCGUCCGCUACCGAUGACGCACCUCCUGGUGAGGAACCACCACCUCACGAAGUUCCACCCACCGACGAGGAGACCAGAGCCAUCAGAGAGAAAAUAAUUAGUAGUCGACGUAAGAUGCACAAGGUCAAUGUGAACGCAGUUGCUGCAAGGUGGUCUUACGAAGAAGGGAUAAAAAGACCUUACUUCCAUGUGAAACCACUUGAGCGAUGUCAAUUGAAAAAUUGGAAAGAAUACCUGGACUUUGAAAUUGAACAGAAGGACCAAAACAGAAUAGUCAUUUUGUUUGAACGAUGUCUUAUAGCUUGUGCUCUUUACGAUGAAUUCUGGAUGCGGUUUGUUCGCUAUCUCGAGUCGCAGAAGGGAGAUAAUGUAGAUAAAAUCAGGGACGUGUACUCGAGAGCAUGCACGGUCCAUCAUCUGAAGAAGCCAAAUUUGCACUUGCAGUGGGCGACCUUCGAGGAAGGUCAAGGUAACUUCGAAAAGGCGGCAGCCAUUCUUGAAAAUAUUGACAAUGCUCUUCCAAAUAUGCUGCAAAUAGCAUAUCGUCGUGUGAACUUGGAACGGAGACGUGGCGAUCUCGAGAAGGCUUGUACCUUAUACGAAAGUUAUAUAAGUAACAGCAAAAAUAGGACUAUUGCUAACAACAUUGCAGUAAAGUACGCACGAUUUCUAUGUAAAGUCAAAAAUGACGUGGAUAAAGCUGUUAAAGUUUUACAGAAGGCGACCGAAAAGGAUAAAGACAAUCCCAGAUUGUACCUCCAAUUGAUAGAUCUGGGUAUGCAAAGGAAUCCGGUAGACACACAAGAAGUGGUUAGCUACAUGGACAUGUUCAUUGAACGCGAGCAUGCCGACCUGGAACAGAGGGUUCUAUUUGCACAACGGAAAGUCGAAUUUCUAGAGGACUUCAGUCCUGACAUUCGACAGGUACUCAAAGCCCACGAACAGUUUCAGCGAUGUAUCAAGCAAGCAAAGGAACGCAAGAAAGCAAAGAGCGACGACGUUAAAGGGGAUAGCUCACCUCCCAAGAAAGGCAAAGCCGGAGAGCAAUCCAGUGUCCCACCUCCACCGUCAGUUGGAUCUCAGUCUUCGUAUCAGUACAGUAGUGGACCUAGUGGACCGUAUCAGUCCCAGCAACAAUUUCAGAGUGGUCAAUACGGCGGACAGGGCGGUUACCAACAAGGAUAUCAACAGUAUCCUCCACCUUCAGAUCCAAAUUAUGCGAAUUAUCAGAACUGGCAGUACAGUCAGGGUGGUCCUCAGGCGUAUGGACCUUACAAUCAAUGGGGAUCCUACAAUUAUUACUAGUGCAUGAGUCAACAUCGCUCGAACAACGCAUAACUUUAAUUUCUGUACAUUCAGUGGCUUCUCUACUUGUGUCAUGUUCAAAGGAUUUCUAGGAUAACAGGUAUUCACGACCUUGAACCGCAAGGAAAUCCUGAGAGAGGAUCUAUGGUGUUCGAAAAAGAGAAAGAAAGUAAUUUAAAAAAAAGAAAGCAAGUGUAGACGCGCCACGCUUAAAUGCGAGCAAGGCAUAUUUUCUUCGAGUAUGUGUUUUGUCCGUCUAUUUAUCUUUGACGAUUUACCACUAUCUUGAGAAAUUUUAUAUGAGCGUACAAAUGGCGGCGGAUGCGGGAAUGUCGAGUUUCACUCUUCUCUCUUUUUUUGUUCCUUAGACAAUUACUCAAGGAAAAUUUUGCAUGUUCCUUUCUGCUGAGUCUAAUUGAGAUUAUUUUUUUGCUUUCGUUUUUUUCUUUUCGUUCCGGUAGUGCGGAAGUACUCGCGGCAAUCUUCUUAGUGUGUACGUUUUUCUUUCCUUUUUUUUUUUUUUUAACGAGAUAUUACAAAAGAAAAGUGGAGAAGCGAAAUUUUUUAAUUGACUCAUGCAUAUUUAACAAGAUCGCAUCUUACAGAAUAUUUGUCUUGCGUCGCUGCUCGAACUGAAAAAUGGCAAAUACACGUUCCUUAUUCUUGGACUAUGUAAAGUCAAAAGCAUGAAAAUGAUAAGAAUCGAAUUCAAGUGAUCUUCGAUUGAAUUAAAAAAAAAAGAGAGAAACUAAGGAAACAAAAACGAAAUAAAUUAAUUAUUGAUCUUUUAUCUAUCCGUUGAAAACAUGCUUCGGUAUGAUUGUCAUUAAUUUAGGAUGUUUGCAGUCUUAAAAUUUGAGGAGAAAAAUGUUGAUAAUUGGAAUUGAAUGUGACAACUAUUGACUAUAACAACUGAUGGAAGUCUAGUGAAGAGAUAAAUACGAGAAUGAUUGAUUCCUUGAAAACCAUUAUUUUGAUUAAUUAGAAUUGUAGAGGGAAGAGAUCGAUGAAGUAAUCAUAGGUUGUUUGUAUAGUUUUCUCGUAGAUGUAAGGUGUGACCGAUCUUCUAAUAAAUCUUUUCCAGACUCGAAUAAUA